AUGAUCAACGACAGUUACAAAGUGUUCGUCUAUAACCACUUUGCACUGAAAACAGGAUGGCAAUUGGUUGCACACCUUGUAUGCAGUGGAAAUGAAAAACAAAUCGGACAAUGUAGUACAUUUUACAAUAAAGGAACGUCAACUACGCAUUUUUCCGGACUGAUAUGUACAGGUUUGGAUGACUUUGCUGUUCGCCUGUCCGAUGGUCAGUAUGACCGAGGUCGUGUAGAAGUAUCAGUAGGAGGAGUGUGGGGAAGUGUUGCAUCAUCUAGUGUCUGGACAUCAGGCAAUAAUGCAAGAGUCGUCUGCACUUCGUUAGGAUUUGAAACUGGGGUAGCUGUCACUAACGGCACUUACCUGUACGGAACAGGACCUGUUUGGAUUCGAGACUUGAACUGUGGUGGUAAUGAGAGAUCAAUCCGUGACUGUUCCUUUACCAUCAGCGGAACAAACUUCUAUUCGCGUUCAUCAUCUAGUCCCGAUGUCGGUGUUGUCUGUGUCAACUCGCUCUAUACAAGGUCGACAACUUUAUCAACGAUAACUUCGGAGUCGUCAAAUGGAAUUCAGCUUAAAAACGUUUCAACAAACGAUUCAUCUCCAAAUAAUGAGGAUGCCAUUGAUGCUACCAAACUUAAACCUAAAAUCCUCAACGAAGUGCUCCAUGAAAAUGCCGUGAUGUUCAUUGCAAUUGCUGCAGCAGUUUUCUUGGCAGCAGUUCUGAUUAAUCUUGCUGUGUGCUGGAAGUUUAGAAAAGGCUGCAAAUCCUGCGGUUUUAAAGGAAAUGAAAAUAAUACACGAAACACCGAGGAGACAGCAAAAGACAUGGAACAAGAUGGCUAUCAGACUGUAACAUUUCCAACAUCGAGAGGGAACGAAAUCGGGUUCAAUCAGAAUGCAACUACCUACAAUGCAGGAAAUCUGUCGAGUAGAAACAGCAACACAGAACCUAAAUCCAGCCAGUCAUUAUGUCUGCAAGAAGAUGUAUCGUUUAAGUCAAGGACUUUCUCAUCAGAAUCAAGCUCCUACGAAUGUAUAGUUCAAGUACCCCAACAUUCAUCAACCUUUAAAAAAAGUCAAGGAACUGAAAACAGGGCGUAUGAUACAGCAUGAAGACAAACCACACCAUAAAGGAACGGUUAUACCUAACAAUAGGCAAUGUAAAGGAACCGUCAUACCUAACAAUAGACACUGUAAAGGAACCGUUAUACCUAACAAUAGACAAUGUAAAGGAACCGUCAUACCUAACAAUAGACAAUGUAAAGGAACCGUCAUACCUAACAAUAGACACUGUAAAGGAACCGUCAUACCUAACAAUAGACAUUGGAAAGGAACCGUUAUACCUAACAAUAGACACUGUAAAGGAACAGUUAUACCUAACAAUAGACACUGUAAAGGAACCGUCAUACCUAACAAUAGACAUUGGAAAGGAACCGUUAUACCUAACAAUAGACAAUGUAAAGGAACCGUUAUAUCUAACAAUAGACACUGUAAAGGAACCGUUAUACCUAAGAAUAGACAAUGUAAAGGAACCGUCAUACCUAACAAUAGACAUUGGAAAGGAAACGUUAUACCUAACAAGAGACAAUGUAAAGGAAUCGUUAUACCUAACAAUAGACACUGUAAAGGAACCAUUAUACCUAACAAUAGACAAUGUAAAGGAACCGUUAUACCUAACAAAAGACACUGUAAAGGAACCGUUAUACCUAACAAUAGACGCCACAAAAAGUAACAUCAAAAUGGCACAACGUUAUCGUAAACUAUACUUCAUUCAUAUUUAUAUAUGUAUUACACAUAAGUAAAGCUUC